AAAAAGAGACGCUGACGUAACCCAGAUGAGGCGCUAGCUAGUUUAGCUAUAGAGCUCAGAAAAAAAAAGCUAUAGAGCUCAGCUGUUCCCGGAGCAGCAAGAGUUAAGCGUCACGAAGAGUCUUAAUAAGUUACAGGUAGAUGUGUUUGUUAUUAUGAAGGUAUGACGUCUUUGUAGAGUGUAAGCAGAAGGCUGUUCGUCCAUCUCCAACCGUCCUUGUUACCAUUUCGGUGCGUUAGCUUUACGUGUCAUCACCUUCAUCAUCAUGUGGGUUUUCGGAUACGGUUCCCUGAUAUGGAAGGUGGACUUCCCGUACGAGGAAAAACGGAUCGGGUACAUCAAAGGCUUCAGCCGAAGGUUUUGGCAGGGCAGCACCGACCACCGGGGAGUACCGGGGAAGCCUGGACGGGUUGUCACACUUGUGGAGGAUCCCGAGGGGUGUGUCUGGGGCGUCGCCUACAAGCUGCCAACAGGCCAGGAACAGGAAGUGAAAGAUUAUCUCGACUAUCGUGAGAAAGGUGGUUAUCAGGUCAUCACGGUGACCUUUUUUCCUGCUGCAGAGGUCCAUCACUCACCAAGCCAGACGUUACUGUACAUCGGCUCAAAGGGAAACCCAGACUAUCUUGGUCCUGCGCCACUGGAGGACAUAGCUAACCAGAUCCUAACCUCUACCGGCCCAAGUGGGAAAAAUACAGAGUACUUGUUUCAGCUGGCUGAUGCUGUGAGGACGUUUCUGCCUGAGGACCUAGACAAACAUCUGUUUUCUCUUGAAAUGCUAGUUAGAGAAAGGCUACAAAAUUCUUUAACAGUAGAUAGUCAAGAAAUAAGCACUAAGUCUUAAACUGUCAAAUUCGAAUGUGUCAAGUAACACAUUAGUCAGGGUUUUGUUUUGGACUAGAGGAAGUGAAUCUCCUGUACUACUUAGCUUCUUGCUCAAUAGAUGCAUCUUUUUUUUUUGAAUGUGGAAAAGGCAGCAUUGUGUCACGUGAAAUGUCAAUGGAAAUUAUAUUAAUAUAUGGCAAUUAAAAAAUUUUAUUUGGUUAA